GUCCUUCUGCAAAUACAGAUUUUUUUUAAAGUUUCAUUUCUUAGUUGCAUUGUGGUCAAGAAGAGAGCUGAUUAGAUAUACAGGUUUCGUUUUACAGCAUCUUCACGGAAGGGUGGUGAUCUGGUAGGUGUUGCUUCCUGUAUAAAAAUAUUUACACUAGUCCCGCUGCAUCAAACAGCCGUAUAUUGAAGACAGAUACGUUGCUGCACAGAGUGCUUAUAUAUACAAGAUCAUGGCUGCUGCAAACUUUGGAGAGUCCUUGAAAUCAAAUCAGAAUAGAUGUCGCUACUGUACAGCUUUUGCUAAAAGACUGUGUUUGGAUUGUGAAGCCUAUCUUUGCCGUGAUCACCUAGAGCCACAUAAUUUGGCUGGACAACACACACUAACGGAACUGAGCACUAAUCUGCAGACAAGAAAGUGUGCUACUCACCAAAAACUCCUAAAAUAUAACUGCUGUGUGGAUAAUGUUUAUGUCUGCGAGUUCUGCGUUUUACUUGGCGUUCACAAAGGACAUAACGUGGAAUUAAUAAGUGACAAGUCCAAGGCUCUGAAAUCAUCACUUGAGGAACUUGUGGAGAAGCUGAUCAAGCAAACAGCGCAAAUUGUACAAAGCAUGGAUAAAAUCUCAGCCAGAAGGGAUGAAACCCAUGAAAGAGCUACUGUUCUGAUAAACCAAGUAACUGCGAUUUUUAUGGACCUUAAAAAACAGCUGGAAAAUGAGGAGAAGAAGAUCAAAGGUGAGAUCUCCAAACAAGUUGAUGAGGUAGAUCUCCAAAUGUCUAAAUUUUUCUUAAAAAAGAAAGGAGAGCAAUUAAACCUAAGUGCCCAGGUGGCUGAGAUUGAAAGUUUUCGAAAUAGUACAGACCCAAUAACCAUUUUGGAGAAAGGACCUAAUUCCAUCAACAAGGCUAAUAAAGUAAUAAUAAGGGAGAUAGAAGGCAACGUGGAAGUUACAGGUCUGAAUGAGCUUCUGGUAUUAGUGAAUUUAGAAUCUAGCCUACUACGGCUGGUAAAAAGUAUCCCACAACUUCAAAGAAAACAUGGAUUUCAAGUGCAGAAUCAAAUACUGAUGAUGCCAACCAAUGCAACUAAAAACAAUGGUGAUCAACUUGGAAACCUGCUGAAUACAUCAGUGAAUCUUAACAAAGUGAUCUAUAGUUCCACAGCCAUUUCAUCAGGGCAACAUUACUUAGAAGUAGACACCGGUGACUUUCCAAGUUGGAGUAUUGGAGUGUCUUACUCACGAGAUGAAGAUUGUGUUUUAGGGGAUAAAACUGAUUCAUGGUGCUUGCGUUACUAUAAAAUGGGGAAGUAUGCAGUGGUUCAUAAUGGUGUAAAAACAUUAGUGAGCAUAGUUUCUCCUAUUAAAGCUCUAGGGAUAUAUUUGGAUUAUGAAGCUGGAAACUUGUGUUUUUUAGAGCUGGUGACACCUAUCAAACAACUUUAUACUAUUUUAGUCAGAUUUGAUUAUCCUCUUUAUUUUGCCUUUUGUAUGAGUGAAAGAGGGAUCUUAAGUCUGAGGUAAACAGCUGCAGUAAAAUGGUUUUGGGGAUGCAGUUUCAGCCCACUCAUCGGUUUAGUAAAUCCAACAACUCAGCAUUCCCUGUAACCUCCCUGUAACAAAAGGUCUGGGAGUGGAGACAUAAGGGCUCACAACUAACAGUUGAUGCAAGUUCAACGCAGGAGUUCUAUUUGUGCCAGAAACCUGUUCAAGUCCUUUUCCAAAAAUACCAGUGAAGCCACUCUUCUGCUACUAGAGGGUAAGAAACAGGAGAGUGGCUAAAAAUUAAUCCUUGAGUAUCAGUGGAGUAUCCUGGUUUUGUGCUGCCCUAGGCAUGACAAAACUCAGGCGCCCCCCUGCCCCCGCCCCACCUUCUAAAUGCACACACACA